CGCAUUUGUUCAUUUAGGGAUUCAGCCUGCGCGCGAAACAGGAAUUUGUUUACGUUUUUUUCCAAUUUGUCAAAGGAGAACCUACGUGUUAAGAUGUGUCUACAUCACAUUUGUAAUUAACAGUAUGUGAUUCCAUCCAUGAAAAAGUUAGUCUUGUGUUGUUCGGUACUGUCAUUACCUGACAUUGCAAAAAUUCAUCUCACAAGAUUAACCGAUUAACACAGGUAUAUAUAUAAGAUAUUGUUUACAAUGAAACUGUACUGCAACGUGGAAGUGAAUAACAGGUCCGCUCCGAAUGUGGUGCGAAAGAAAUCACAACGGUCGGUUCUAGCUAUUGGGAGACAGACAGUGAAGAGCGAUGACUUGUUUAUACUUUGGCAGACGUUGCAGAAUAAACAAGGUGUCAGAUACAAGAUCAACUGCAACGUAUCUCAAAUAUUCACAAAGUUCAUCAACGAAGGAAAAGCUACUAUUCGCUUCCUAGAACCACCGCACGACUUAGUUAUUCAAUCCGACAUAAUUCAAUUGAAAAGUUUCAUUCACACACUGAAGCUCGCGUUGUCUAAGAAAGUAAAUCUGUCAGUUCUGACCAUAUCGAAUCUAAAUCCGAAGAGCUUGAGUGCCAUUCCAAAGAUCAAAGUCGUGGUCAACAAAUCUUCGGACUACCCAACCUUGGAAGGUUUUCCAAGAACGACCGAGGAAUUGUAUCUAGUAGGAUCGAAUAGACUAUCGUUGGACAAGCAAAUUCUAAAGCUUCAGAGCUUGAGGAUAUUAAACUUGUCGAGCAAUCGAAUAUCGUCUAUACCAAAAGAAUUGGGGUACUUGCAGCAUUUACAGGAAUUGAAUCUAUCGCAGAAUCUACUUAAUAAAGGUACGAACUGGGUGUGGUUGGAUCAGGGUCCUAUUAAAUCGAAUCUGAAGCUACUGGACAUAAGCAAUAAUUUGUUAACAACGCUACCAGAACAGAUUGGGAAACUCCAUGCUUUGAUUAAUCUAAAAGCCAGCAAAAAUAUGCUGUCCUAUCUACCACAGAGCCUUGGAAAGUUAUCCAAGUUGAAAUAUUUAGACCUAUCUAAGAAUAAUUUAGAAUACAUGCCUGGAAGUACAAGAAAUUUAAGGCUUGCUUUAUUAGAUGUCUCUGAGAAUGAGUUUCGAAGGACAGAGUCGCAUCUCAUGAGCAACCUUGACGUACCUAGCUUGACUGAGAGCGCAGCCAGAUCCUUCCUCAAAACAAGGCAUCCAUACGACGCGAGUUUGAUACCAGUUACCUUAGUUAAGUUUUUAGACAACGCAAAGUAUUGUAUGUGUGGCAAUCCUUGCUUCGAUUGCUACAUAAGAAAGUUCAUGGAGUUUCAUUUAAGUAUAAUAGCCAACAGCGUAAAGUCAUCAGAGAACGUUACUGUACCAUUUGACUGUUACUUUUGCUCAAUUAGCUGCCUGAGUAGUUAUGGAAAAAUACAGUACUGAAAUACUUAUUUUUAAUAAUUAUUCUUGGAUCACAGAUUAGAUAUAUAUGUACCCCGAAUUAAGGAAUGAUAUUUGUAUAAGUUUUGUACAUUGUACGCAGUCAUUAUAUGAUAUUUUCAUAUUGUUAAUUACACGUGUUUCAACGAUAUUAAAACUUUUAUCGGUUAAGAAAGUAUGAUUUAUUGCAUUUUAGGUAUAAAAAUGUAUCUUUCUUAACAAUUUUGAUUAAACAUCUGGUAAAAUCUCUUAAUAUUAGUUUGAAAAUUAGAAACGAGUUCUCUUUCAAUUACAUCAGUCUACGGUAUAACUUAAAUAUAAAUGUUAGUAAAUAAUAAAACUGAAUAAAACUCAGAAAUCUCGUUAAACAGUUAAGAUCAAGAUCACAGAAAAUUUGUUCAAUUAUUUCUUUUCUUAAUUUCAACGAAAUAAAAAUAUAUGAUUAUAUGGUAGACUAUUGUGCACGAUGCAUUUUUUUUGUAAUUUAUUGAUAAAUAAAUCAUUUGUCAUCCGUUU